AUGGGGUGUGCAUGUUAAUGUUUAUCAAUUGCAUCCAAACAAAAGUAAAAUAAUUGUGGUGAAGAAAGUGAAUGCAACUCAAUUAAAAAGCCAAUUUUUGAGCAUCCAAGACCGAUGUUAGAUUCUGUGAGUUCAAUUUCCUCGUAUUCAGAUGAAUAUUCUUCUCGCCCUUUGCAAACGGUUGGUUAAAUAUAAACGUAGGAUUGGAUUUACCUUAAUAAGAGUGAUAAUAUGUUUAUGGACAGAAGAGUUAAUAGGAGAUUAAAUGAAAACAGCUUGAGUCCGCUCCAAAAGGAAUAUCAAAAUACUUUUUCUGAUUUGUCUGUGGAAUUGAUUACUGAGGAUCAAGUAAAAUUGCUAAUCCCAACCAAAAUCAAAAGGUGUUCGAAUAGAAGAAGGAUUACCUCUAAGGUAGAUUUAUUAAACAAGGUAAAAUAAAUGAAGUACCAAGAAAAAUUUAAAAGAAGAAAGACUUGA